AUGAAAAUCUAUCACUUGGAUUACAUAUCAAUCUGGUUUUCAUUAAUUGUUCUUUUCAUCCCUAUUUCUUUAAUUUUUUUUUUCCUUUUUCUUUCUUUUUUUCUUUCUUUCUUUCUUUCUUUCUUUCUUUCUUUCUUUCUUUCUUUCUUUCUUUCACCUACCCACACUCACUCUUUCAUUCUUUUUUAUUUCUUUCAUUCUUUUUUUCUAUUUCUUUCUAUUUUUAUUUCGUUUUCUUUCUUUCUUUCUUUCUUUCUUUUUCUUUCAUUUCUCUUAUUUUUGUCUUUCUUACUUUCUUUUUUUCUUUUCCAUUCCUGUCAAUCAUUCUGUUCAUUUCUCUUGCCUUGGAUUUCUUUCUUUAUUUCUUUCUUUCUUUCUUUCUUUCUUUCUUUCUUUCUUUCUUUCUUUUUAUUUCUUUCAUUCUUUUUUUCUAUUUCUUUCUAUUUUAAUUUCGUUUUCUUUCUUUCUUUCUUUUUUUCUUUCUUUUUCUUUCAUUUCUCUUAUUUUUGUCUUUCUUACUUUCUUUCUUUUUUUCUUUUCCAUUCCUGUCAAUCAUUCUGUUCAUUUCUCUUGCCUUGGAUUUCUUUCUUUUUUCUUUCUUUCUUUCUUUCUUUCUUUUUGUCUAACCCUUUCCUCCCGUCACUCACUCAUAUUCUCAUUCUAGAUUUCUUUCAUUCUUUUUUUCUAUUUCUUUCUAUUUUAAUUUCGUUUUCUUUCUUUCUUUCUUUUUUUUUUCUUUUUUCUUUCAUUUCUCUUAUUUUUGUCUUUCUUACUUUCUUUCUUUUUUUCUUUUCCAUUCCUGUCAAUCAUUCUGUUCAUUUCUCUUGCCUUGGAUUUCUUUCUUUCUUUCUUUCUUUCUUUCUUUCUUUCUUUCUUUCUUUCUUUUGA